AACUUCUCUCCUUCAUCUUCACAAAAUGGCAUUUUCUUCACUUCAUAUUCUCUUCAUAGUUUCGGCUUUGAUCUUUUCUGUGAUAAAUCCUGCAGAUUGUGCCACAUCAGAUGGCCCUUUCAUCCAUUCUAGAGCAGCAUACUACCCAAAUUCCGAUGACAAGGGAUCAGAAACUGGGAGAUGUGGAUAUGGCUCAUUUGGAGCAACGAUUAAUAAUGGAUAUGUAGCAGCUGCAUCUGAUCUUUACAGAGAUGGUGUAGGCUGUGGUGCUUGCUACCAGGUGAGGUGCACCAAUAGUAAGGAUUGCUCAGAUGAAGGAGUGAAUGUUGUUAUAACUGACCAAGGUUCAAGUGAUCGAACAGACUUCAUCAUGAGCAAGAAAGCCUUCCGGAAGAUGGCUCAAUCUACAAAUGCAGAAACAUCUUUACUAUCACAAGGAAUUGUAGAUAUUGAAUAUAGAAGGGUUUCAUGCAAUUACCCGAAGAAUAACAUCACCAUCAAGAUCGAUGAGAGCAGUGACUACCCGUAUUACCUUGCUUUUGUCAUAUGGUACCAACAAGGCCAAAACGACAUUACUGCUGUGCAACUAUGUGAGACAAAAAAUUUCGUUUGUAAACUAUUGGAUAGAAGCUAUGGAUCAGUUUUCACAACAAACUCUCCACCUAGUGGAUCACUGUCUUUAAGAAUGCUAUUUAGUGGUGAAGAUGGAGAUGAAAAAUGGGUUGUUCCGGUUAAUAUAAUACCUGAGAAUUGGAAGAAAGGAGACAUAUAUGACACAGGGAACGGCAUCCCUGGGCAAACUUCAUUUGGAGUGGAGUGCUUGAAACCCAAAUGUCACCACCGGGCUGCAAUGAUUCUAGCGGAGUGGUCUUUAACGGAAGUGGUUUCAAGAUGUUACGUUCUCCAAGCAUCAUUUGAUGUUACAAAUGACCUAAAAACCGGGCUUGCCAAUUGA